AUGAUAUUUUUGAUCCACAGCACAUACAGUGGCAAAGUGUUUCGUGUCACCUUCACAUGCUUGGCCUUGACACUGAUCAUACCUUCACUGGCAGCAGUCUGUCUUCUAGAGAGCCCCAUAGAGCCUCAGACGUUAAUUUUCCAAACUCCUCCUCUAAUGAUGGGUGCCCUAGAGGCAAACCUUAAGCUGAGAAAAGCUGAGCGCCUGUAUGAGGGCCAGUUAGCAGGCCCAGAAUCCAUUGCAAAUAUUGGUGAUGUCCUGUAUACUGGUACUGCUGAUGGGCAGAUUGUGAAAAUCGAAGAUGACAAAGUCCACACCAUUGCAAGACUGGGUACACCUCCCUGUGGAACAAGAGACAAUGAACCAAACUGUGGAAGACCUUUGGGACUUAGAGCUGGCCCUAAUGGAACUCUUUUUGUUGCAGAUGCUUAUCAGGGAAUAUUCAAAGUGAAUUCUGUUACAGGUGAAGUAGAGAGGCUGGUUUCUUCCAGGAUCCCAGUUCAAGGAAAGAAAAUGUCCUUUGUUAAUGACCUCACUGUGACCAGUGAUGGUAGAAAGGUCUACUUUACUGAUUCCAGCAGUAAAUGGCAGAGAAGGGAUUACUCCUUCCUAGUUAUGGAAGGCACAGACGAUGGCCGCUUGCUAGAGUUUGACACCGUGACAAAGGAAGUAAAAGUUUUAAUGGCUGGAUUGCGGUUUCCCAAUGGCGUUCAGCUUUCUCCUGCAGAGGAUUUUGUACUUGUUGCUGAAACCACUAUGGCACGUGUGAGGAGGUAUUAUGUUUCUGGGCUCACCAAAGGUGGUGUAGAUACAUUUGUGGACAACAUGCCUGGAUUCCCAGAUAAUAUUCGCCUUAGUAGUACAGGAGGGUAUUGGGUGGCCAUGUCUGCAGUGAGACUGAACCCUGGAUUUUCCAUGAUGGAUUUCUUAGCUGACAAACCUUGGAUUAAAAAGAUCAUUUUCAAGAUUUUCAGUCAAGAUACUGUGAUGAAGUUUGUUCCAAGAUACAGUCUGGUUGUAGAGCUUGGUGAGAAAGGAUCCUACAAAAGAAGUUUUCACGAUCCCAGUGGUGAGGUGGCUACUUAUAUCAGUGAGGCUCAUGAACAUGAUGGUUAUUUAUACCUGGGAUCUUUCCGGUCUCCUUUUAUCUGUAGACUGAACCUUAAUGAUGUCUGA